GCGAGCAUCUCCGCCAAAAAAAUUCAGUGCACACCUACACUGUUCCCGCCCUAUACGCUUCAGGUCCAUCAACAACAGCAGGGGAACAGCACACCUCGUACGAGGUCUGUUCGCUCGCAAUACGAAUCGCAUCACCAUGGCGAUCCAGAAGAAACAUGGCAAGGGCCGUCUCGACAAGUGGUAUAAGCUCGCCAAGGAGAAGGGGUACCGUGCUCGUGCUGCUUUCAAGUUGAUCCAGCUCAACAAGAAAUAUGGCUUUCUCGAGAAGAGCAAGGUCGUCCUCGAUCUUUGCGCGGCCCCAGGUUCAUGGUGUCAAGUAUGCGCAGAGACGAUGCCCCAGAAUAGUAUCAUCAUUGGCGUCGACCUCUCGCCCAUCAAGCCCAUUCCCAAGGUGAUUACGUUCCAAAGCGAUAUUACCACCGAGAAGUGCAGGGCGACAAUUCGAAGCCAUCUGAAGACAUGGAAAGCCGACUGCGUGCUUCACGACGGCGCCCCCAAUGUCGGUACCGCCUGGGUGCAGGAUUCAUACAACCAGGCCGAGCUGGCGCUACACUCGCUGAAGCUUGCGACCGAAUUCCUGAUUGAGGGCGGAACUUUUGUGACCAAAGUAUUCAGAUCAAAAGACUACAACUCCCUGUUAUGGGUCCUCAACCAGCUCUUUACGAAAGUCGACGCCACUAAGCCCCCAUCGUCCCGCAAUGUUUCGGCAGAGAUUUUCGUUGUGUGUAGGGGCUUCAAGGCCCCCAAGCGCAUCGACCCUCGCUUGCUCGAUCCGCGCUCCGUGUUCGAAGAUCUGGCAGACCCAGCUCCGAACAACGAGGCGAAGGUGUACAACCCGGAAGUGAAGAAACGCAAGAGAGAGGGUUAUGAGGAGGGGGACUACAUCCAGUUCAAAGAAAUACCAGCCAGCGAGUUUAUCCAGACAACGGACCCGAUUGCCAUCCUCGGCCAGUACAACAAGUUGACCUUUGAGCAAGCAAAAAAUGGCGACGUAGCCCUGGCCGCGCUCAAUAAAUUGCCCGAGACAACGGACGAAAUUCGGGCCUGCUGCGCUGACUUGAAGGUUCUUGGGAGAAAGGAAUUCAAACUUUUGUUGAAAUGGCGGCUAAAAGUCCGCGAGAUUUUUGGAUUUCCAACCAAAAAGACCACCAAAGCUCCGUUGGCAGAGGAGGUGGCGGAAGUGGCGGAGGUGGAAGAUAUGGAUGAGGAGCUCAGGAUCCAGGAGGAGCUUCAAAAAAUUAAGGAUAGGGAAUCGGCCAAGAAAAAAAAGGAGAGACGAAAAGAGAACGAAAAGAAGCAAAAGGAAAUCGUGCGGAUGCAGAUGAACAUGACCGCACCUAUGGAUAUAGGUAUGGAACAGGAGGGCCCAAGAGGGCCGGAUUCAAUGUUCCGCCUGAAGUCCAUCGACCAAACAGAGGCCCUGCGCAGGAUAUCCAAGGGCAAGAUGGCUAUUCUCACCGAAGCCGAAACGAAGAAAGACCUCGACUCCGGAAUUGGCUCCUCGGGCGAGACGGACGACGAGAGCGAUGAGGAAGCGGACCGGCUAGAGCGGGAGCUGGACAACAUGUACGACCGGUAUAAGGAGAGGAAAGCGGAAGCCGAUGCGAAAUACCGUGCCAAGAAGGCCAGGCAAGAGCAUGAUGACGAGGAGUGGGAGGGUGUUUCGGCCAGCGAGAAAGGGGAUAGCGACGACGAGGAAAUGCUUGAAGAGGACAGCGACGAAGAUUCCGAUGCCGAGGAACGGGGGGAUACCGGCAAGCCUCUUCUUCGGGACCUGGACAAUACGCCCCGGGAUACUGACGGGCUUUCAAAACGAGCACGGGGUUUCUUUAAUCAAGAUAUCUUCCGGAGUAUUCCAGGGCUUCUAGACGUCCCAGAAGACGAAGAGGAAGGGGAGGAGGAGGAAGCUGCUGCCGGCGGAGAAGAUGGAGAACCAGAGAUUAGUGCUGACGAAGUGUCCGAGGAUGAAUUACCCACGGUGCAGGAGCAGCGGGCAAAGCGCAAGGAGAAGGGCACGGCCAAGGAUGGAAAAGGAGAUGAUGACUUUGAGAUUGUGAAGCGGAAUGAGGAUGAUGAUUGGGAGGAGACGGAGAAGAAAACGAAGGAUGGCAGGCCUAACAUCGACAUCAUCACGGCGGAGGCCAUGACGCUAGCUCACCAGCUGGCCCGCGGCGAGAAGACGGCCCACGACAUCAUUGACGAAGGGUACAACAAGUAUGCGCUCAAGGACCGGGACGGUCUACCAGACUGGUUUCUGGACGACGAGAGCAAGCAUGACAAGCCGCACAAGCCCAUCACCAAGGAGGCUGCUGCUGCCAUCAAGGAGAAAUUACGGGCCUAUAACGCCAGACCAAUCAAGAAGGUGGCCGAGGCGCGGGCCAGGAAGAAGCUCAAGCAGGCUCAGCGCCUCGAGAAGCUCAAAAAGAAGGCCGAUCUGUUAGCCGGGGACGAGGGAAUGUCUGAGAAGGAGAAGGCGACCAGUAUCGCCAAGUUGCUUUCUGCUGCCGCACGGAAGAAGAGGAGACAACCGGUCAAGGUUGUAAAAGCUACGGGCGCGAACCGUGGUAUUUCGGGCCGGCCAAAGGGGGUCAAGGGCAGAUAUAAAAUGGUUGACCCGCGCAUGAAGAAGGAAAUGAGGGCCCUCAAGAGGAUUGCCAAGAGAAAGAAGUAGUGGGCGACGUAUAUGGGUGUACAUACAUGUCAGGUUGUUGAUAUGCUUGCUCCCGUCUAGAGAGUGAUGACAACAGAUUCAAAGGCAUGUAGAGGUGCCACCGCUGCCUCUCCAGCACUAGAUCUCUCUGUUCGACACAGAUCGCACGAAUGUGCUGAGCGGGUAGAGUGGUCCGCUAAAGUCCAUGUCAUAC